AUGCUUGAAGCUAAUCAUAGCUUUCCGUCGCAGUUGUCUCGGCAGCCUGAGGAAAAGGUCUACUUUGAAAACGUGGAGUUAUUAAGCUCUGCUGAGAACAAAGAAGAGAGUUAUUUUGUUUUUCAAGGACAGUGUAUGGUUCUAGGCGACUCUAGGGUUGGCAAAACAAGUCUGGUUAAAUCGCUUACAGGAAAGGAAUUCGAUCCCAAUCAAACCAAGACACAAGGAAUACAUCCGAGUCUCGUGGACCAAAACUGGAAAUACUACAAUAUGACGGAACUUAUUUUCGGAGACCUCUGGAGGUUCUUCACAUAUGGAACAGUAGAAGUGCUAUUUAUUAGAACUGGCGAAGCAACCAGUAACGUUGUAGUUGAGCAGUUUGUGUUGUCGAAAAUGUCUUUACCGUUUCAUUUACUUUUGUGGGCCUUUUAUGUGGUUAACAUAUUGGUCAUGUUAGUAAUGGGAGAAAAUUAUUGGCUCACCGCUGGGACAAUGUUAUUCCUCUCAAUGAAUUAUGUUCCGGAGAUUGCUCUUUUGUGUUCAUAUCACUUUACUCGCAAUCAAUUACGAUUUAUGCUAGCCACGUUGAGUUUUAUCAUCAGGCGUCGAGGUUUAUUAAUAGGCUCGUAUCUUGCAGCAAUUAUUUGCUACUGGGAUGAAACGUACUGUGACUUGGUCGCUAUUCAUGCGAAACUACCGUUUUUGGCAACGGCCACAGUAAUCACUUUUGUCGCUUUGUUUGUAGUAAUGGGACCUUCGGUACCGUGGAUGAACGACUAUCAGCGCUUUAUACACCUCUAUACCGGACGAAUUAUUCAGAAUCAACUUUCUCUGUGGUUCCUCUGUUUCACUCGCUUACUGUUAUCAAUCUCCAUUGGGUUUAUUUCUGGCUUUCAAGCAGUUUCACUUAUUGUUGCGUCAUUCCGAAAAGUUCCUGAAACAACAUUGGAGGAAAGCACAGACCUGUCAUUUCGACCUUUGUAUGUGGUUGACUUGUGCGUUUACCAUUUUGUAUUGAAUUUUCCAGUUUCUAUUUGUUAUGAAUGUCUUUGUCCGCGAUUGGAUAAACUAUUGCCACAGCCUGACACUUGGGACAAGUAUGGAUCGAUAUCACUUUUUGUCACUCUAAUAUUUCACCACUAUAAACUCGUGUUUACAUCAGCACGUUUUUAUUUUGUAAUUCUAUUUCCUGUAUCCAUUUUCUAUACGAUUUAUGUGGAAUUAUUUUACCUCCAUUCAACGGUCCCUGGGAACUUUAAAACCCCAAACAAGUUGAUCACAUUAGUAUCUGGAAAAGCACUUACGAUCAACAAAAAAAUGUUGAAAAGUGCACUAUAUGAAAAGUUUUCAUCUCUCAAACUGAAGAUACUUGACUUUGCUGGCGAUAAAGAAUAUUAUGCGUACCAUCACAUGUUUCUUAGAGGACAUGCCAUUUACCUCAUAGUAUUUAACAUAGCUGAGUUUGUGGCGAAUGAUUUCACGGAAAAGAAUGUAGGAAUUCAAAGACUUAAGUUCUGGAUUGAGUCUGUCUGUAGCCAUGUACCACCCAAAGCACUAAUUUUUCUUGUUGGAACUCAUAAAGGAACUGUUGAUAAAAAAGAUAUUGAAAUAAUUGAUUUCCACCUCGGAAGAAACCUGUGGAAUCCCCACUGUGAUGAACUGAUAGUGAAUGAUGUAGAAGGAUUGGUCUUCUUUCCCGUUGAGAACUCUCUUGGAAAAAGUGACUUUGGAAUUCAGUGUCUUCAAAAAAAAAUUGUUGAUGUUGCUGAGCACUGUAAGGAAACCAUAGGUUGUGACAUCCCUCUGCCUUGGGUUAGAAUACAAGAUGCAAUUAUCAGCCACACAGAAAAGAAGGGAGCCAAGUUCUGUGUAACACUUGAUGAGUUUCCAAGGGCGUUUGAAAAUGUUGUUUGCACAGAUUGGUCAAAGGACGCCUUGAAGUACUUCCAUGAGAAGGGUCUGGUAAUUUACCUCGAGGGAAAUCAGAGUCCAGAUCUGUCCAACUGGGUGCUUCUGAAGCCUGAAAUACUGGUUGACAUCAUCAUUCAACUUGUCAUACCACCACCUGAGAUCACCCAGGAAAGAGGCUUGAGGCAUGACUGGAAUCUCUUACAAAAAAAGGGACUGUUGACAAAAUCACUCUUGAAGAGCAUUAUCUCAAAGGUAAAGGAAAAUGAAGAAGCCAUGACAGCUUUCCUUGAAGAAUAUGAUUUGAUAUGCCCCUUGGCAAAUAGUAAGGUGAACAUGUGUAGAGUGCAUGAAGGACAGCAGCCAACACACUUUGUACCCUCCUUGUUACCAAUGGCCUCAGAAAGGAACACACCCGUAUGGUAUGAUGAUGACACUGAUAAGAAGUGUUAUGUAUUCUUCACCAAGUUCUUGCCUGAACCUCUGUUCCAUCAUCUGCUAUCUCGUGCUCACAAGAAUAGUAAGGUGGAGUUUCCUAAUGGUCAUACAGUCUUGUUCAGAGAUGCUGGCAAGUUCUGGUUGAGAGCUUGGCAACCUUACAGUCUCAAGUUGAUAAAGGAAGAGAAGAUGAUUGAAGUCACAUUCAGCUGUAGGUAAGGUCUUGCUUUCAGUUGACAUGUAUAAGGACUGCACAUUUACAAAAGGGUGUUAAAUGUUAUUUAUAAUUAUGUAAAAUGAUUUUGACAAGAAAAUAAUAUUGAUUUAUGAAUCUGCUUGUUUGUUGUUUGUUCUGUUCAUUGAGUUGUUGUUGAAAGCAUUCUUAGUGUUUAUCAACACAGCAUAUAAGAGUCGAGGCCCCAGUGUCUUCGCACCUGGUACACAAAAUUUUUUGUGUAACCAGAAAUGUCAGUUAAAGGAACUUUUAUUGGUCAUGUUCAUAAAAGCUUGUAAAAAGACCUGAUAAAUAUUAGGAUAGCUGUUUAAGGAUCAAAGAAUUGUGUCACCUGACAAAAGCUUGUAGGCCCUAAAUUUACUCAAAGGCAUCUUUGAAGUUUGGUGACACUUAAGAAUAAAAUUAUUAUUGUUAAGUAGGUUAUUAGGUAGAAAGAUGUGUAUAAUACAAUUUGCUAUGACAACAUCAGGGUUAAAGGUCUGUGAUGUACAAUGAAUAGCCAAGGGAGUACAUGUACUUGUAUGCAUUAGGGAAAAACAGCACAUCCCUUGAAGCAUGAGCUUAGACAGCAGUGAUUUUGUUACACCCAAAUAGUUAUGGUGAGUCCUGGGACUCGGUCAUCUUGUGAAAAAUCAUGAGUCCAAGUCCAGAACCAUUUAGUCCCAGUUCAAAAACACGAGUCCCUGGGUCUUUAUGUAACCACACAGUUAAUCUGAAGACAGACUCCAAAACUUUGUAUUACAGUUUACUGACAUAAAAAUAUACUCCCACUAUUGUCAAGCACAACAAAGACUAAAAGAAAUAUGCAACGUUAACAACAGCCACAGAAAUCACACAAAAAAGAUAUUCUACAAAAACAUCUUCAGAUUGAUCAAUCGAUCUUUGCAUCCUACGGGACACAUACCACAAAUUAAUUUGCGUCUUUGGGGACUUUUAUGUGUCAGGGACACAGGACGCAGAGGUAACAAAAUCACUACUACUGUCUAUUGUAGUGUUUAAGGUGAGAGUGAAAAAGCAUUACUGCUGUUUCUUUAAUCAGAUCAGAUAAGCGAAUGAUGCCAUCAGAUGUACUGUGUCAAGUGUUUUCCAUGGUUGAUGGAAUCUGCCACAGGAAUUUCCCUUUUGUUAAGUUCCACUGUGGGCCAGCCUGUCCCGCACCCAACUGCCCUGGUUAUCAACCAAACUACGUGUCACAGUUAGUUGAAGAGGAACAAGUGCCACGCAAGCAUGUGUUUGAUGUUAUGCCUGGAAGGCAGGGUGACAGAAUUUCCUUUAUGUACUGUAAAAACCAUAGUUUUGAAGAUGAGUUGGAUGAAUGGAUUCCUAAGACAGAAAAGAAAAAAUGA